CGGAAAUCGGUCAACUCGUUGGAUAGCGAGUCGCCGCAUCCUGGAAUAUGACUGCCAAUUCAUAGAUGCCAGGACAGAGGAGUGUUCAGUGGUAGAUGCAUUGUCCCGCAGCUGCCUCAUCUGUCCAUAGAAGACAUCAGCGGUGCCAAUCUGUAGUUGACAUUAAACCAUCAUCAGUGAGACGAAUGAUGGAUUCUGUUAGGACUGCUUUCCAUGCUCAGCUGGCCACCGUCAUGGACUCUCUACUGGCUGCCGCUGUGUGUGAAAUCGCCAAGAUCUUUGAGAGCAGCCUGUGUGAGCAGCAGGCGGAGCUGGCGCAGAAAACCGAGGAGAUCUCCAUCCUUCGAGGAAAACUGGAGAAGGUGGAGCGGAGGCAGAAGGUGAAGGGUGCAGGAAGCGACGCAGGGGAGAUGCCAGCAGGAGACAGAGAAGGAAACAUAAGACAGCAGACACUGGCAGGCUCAGAUGCUGGGGAAGACCUCUGCCAAAACCUAAGUGUGAUGAAAGAAGAGUCCACAGGUCAGGAGGGAGCUUCAGUAAAGCAUGAACGUACUGGAUCCCGGUCUGACCUCAGGUCUGCUACAGUCCAAGGCCCAGAGGGAUGCCUUGCUGCUGGUGACCAGAUGGGUCCCCUGUCUCCCUCACAAACCAAGGCUAAAUUGUCCCAUUGGGAUCAGGGCAGUCGCAGUGUAGAUCAAGCCCCCACCCCGUUUCUGUCUAUCUCUCAGAGCGGACGCUGCUCCCCAAGAACUGACCCAAGCCUAGCUCAGACAGGGGAGUGGUUACCAGGGUUGAGCACAACUCGAAGUGGGGUGUCUGUUGUUGAGAAUUUACAGGCAGAUGGCACCAACUGCUCUGGUCUAGCUAGCAGCAGUGUUGGUACACACACCCCAAGCUUUCGACCUGGAUUUGGAUCUGAUGAGACCAGUAAUGAAGAUGAGGACAGUUCUUUCCCUUUCCUGGAUCAGGAACCUGAGAACCAGAACUCUACUCAUAAUUCAGCACAGGGCCACCAAGUGGAGCUGAGGGAGGCACAACAGGACCAGUCACAAGCCCCCUCUGGCAAUUCACAAUGGCGACCCAGAGAAGACAGGACUGUAAGAAGCCCCAUCAAUCACACAAGGCGGAUCUCAACAUUUGGCAGUAGGGACCCUUUGCGACCACAGUCAAAUUCACAGUCACUUACACUGCGGAACAUGAACGCUCAUAGCCAUCCUCCGGCUUCUGGUGGGGGAAAUGGACGACCUUACACCUGUCCAUACUGUACCAAGUGUUUCACUUACCCGUCCCACCAGCGACGACACCUUUUACGCCACACAGGAGUCAGACUGCACCCAUGUCAGUUCUGUGACAAGAGCUUCCUCACACCAUCUGAGCUCACUGUGCACACUCGCACACACACAGGUGAGCGGCCUUUUGGCUGUACGCAGUGUGGUAAGCGUUUUGCCCGGAGUGGAAACUUGAGAGCUCACCAGCGGGAUGUUCACAUGGGAAAGAGGCCCUUUGCUUGUACAGAGUGUGGUAAGAGGUUUUGCCCACAGGGGGAACCUCAGGGUCCACAAUCACAGAGUCCAUCAAGGAGAUCCAUACUACAUGGAGGAUCAGCAGGAACCAGACAUAGGUCCUAAUCCCAUUUGAGAAUUUUUUCUAUUAAAUUAUGUUUCUGCACUUUAAUUUUCUGGGAGAAAUUACACUGCGUUAAGUUGAUUUAUGUCCCUGUAAAACUUACAAAUCUUAUCAAAAUUUACUAUACAGUAUGUUAUUGACGUUCAAGGUAAAGUAAAAUUGAUUAAAUAAUGGUUUUAAUUUGUUGUCAGUAGUGUGUCAGUGACAGUAAUUUGGGGCAUACUCACAGGGAAUGUGUAGCCUGUGAAUCUCUCUGUAUUGUGAAGUAUGAAUAUUUAUAAAUAAGUUAAGAAAAAAAAUACUGGCUGUUGUGUGUAAAGAAAAUAUUUUCUUUCCAUGAUCACCCCUUAUGACUUGAUGAGGCAAUGAUUUUAUCGUUUUGAAUCUACCAAACUAAAAAGUACAAGAUCAUUUUUUUCUAGAGCCAACAAAGGAGAUUUAGUUCAUGUUAGAUUUAGACAAGGCAUGCAGAGGUAGAAUAGCACUUCUCAUUCUAUUACUUAUGUACCAUCUCCUCAAACGGUAUAAAUGUGUUGUACAAUGGAAUUGCUUUAUUGCCACAACUACAUAACAGUGUUGUUAAAAAGAACUGUACUUCUAUUUUCCCAUCCUGUUUUGGCAAAGUGAAAUUAAAUUGUAUACUCCUAA